UGUUAUAAUGAUGGAAAAUAAAAGAAAUGUUUCUGCCCAAUUUAACAUACCUAUGCCGCUAAUGAGUGACUUAGAUACAAUGCGUAAACUUAUCGGAAAUUACAGGAAUCGAAUAUUGAGAGAAUUUGUUACCGAUGAUAAGGAAUUUAAAAGCACUUUGGCUAUUUCAUAUGGUAUGAAGAGACCACCAGCGCCAAAGAAAACAUGGAUUCAAGAGAACCACGAUCGAUUUAUUGCAAAUACGCCGAAUGAAUAUUUAAUACAACAAAGCUUUUUGACACAAAUGGGUUUCGUUACUUCCUUGAUUUAUACCCCUGAUGGUGAAAAUAUCAUUGUGGGCCAUUCCAGUGGAUUGAUCCAGAUGCGGAAUGGCAGUACAGGAACAGUGCUUUGUACUUUGCGGAACAUCCAGUAUCCGCCGAAGCCGGUGUACGCUCUCGUGUACAGUUUGCACGAGGAGAGAGUCUGCUAUGCAGCUUGCAUGGACGGCGCUGUCUACCGUAUCGAAAUACCUAAUAUAACUGUAUCAACUCAAGAUCCACCGGAUUAUUGCAUCAGAGCGGACCCUGCGCUUGAAUGUUUGAACACACAGUUCUACGGAGCGCCGGGAAUAUCGUCCUCGGCCACUCCGUUCGUGACACAGAGGACGCCGGCUCUCUCGCUGGGCAUUACAGCUGACCAGUCGAAAUUGGUCGUUGGUUACGCGGACGCCAGCAUAAAAGUAUACGACAUGGAAACCCAAGAGUUGGAUAUGACAUACAAAGUGCAAAAGUUGCGCUUACAGUUCAUACCAAAGAAAUUGCAACGUAUGCACAGUGACCAAGUCUGUGCGUUGCGAUGUCACGACCAAUUCGUCUAUAUGUUCGCCAGUGGAGCUUGGGACAGGACUUUGAGGAUUUGGGAUGUUAGAUGCCAAACUGGUUGCGUCACGACAUUCGAAGGUGUUAAUGUAUGUGGUGAUAGUAUUGAUUUAAAUAAAAAUCAAUGCAUAGUCGGUAGCUGGCAACCGACUGAAGCUUUGACAGUAUGGGAUAUAAUUGCUAAGAAAAAAGUUAACGUUAUACGAGUUCAGAAUCGAAGACCAGAUGUCGAUGGAGAGUAUAUUUACACAUGCCGAUAUUGGAAAUCAAAAGACUACAAUCGCAAAGGCAAAUACGCUCUAAUAGGUGGCAGUGGAACUAGCUGUUUGGAAGUAAUCAACUUACACAACCGGUACAUCAGUUGUUCGUACCCGGCCGCCGGGAGCAUCCUAGCGGUCGCGAGUUACCAGGAGCGCAUAGCCUUCGGUGGUACAUCACCAGUACUAUAUAUAGUCAGCUUUCACGACCCCAAACACGAGAAAUACAAAGACGAUGUAGAAGUUGAGUCUUCCACUUGGACACCGCGGAAGAGUGUAUUGGAUUAUUCGUCGACGGUGGAACAGCAGGGCGAUACCUGAUUGACCACAAAACGUUUUAAAGUG